CUCAGCGAGGAUGGACGGAUGGAUGCAUGCAUGGAUGUGGAUAGAUGUUCCCGUUUAACCGAAAGCGCGCGUCGAGACCGCUCUUUGACUACUUCCUGUGAUUUUUGACACGGAUUACCUUUGAUUUGUGGGGGAAAAGAGAAGAAGUACGGAGGAGAUUUUUUAAGGAGAGAGAAGAAAGGGAAGAAAGGAUUGCUGCGAAAGGCUGGGCGCGCUAGAAACACGGAAAGUCACGGAUCAUGCUCAAGAAAACUUCCGAUUCCGUCUCGAUAAGAGUGGCUCUGCCUGACGCUCUAUCAUGACUGAUGGCGAGGGGAGAGCGCGCUUUGAGUACGCAGAGAGCCCCGAGGUGAGGGGGCGGGCACGGGAGCAGGAGGAGGGCGACGAGGUGUACGAGGAGGUGAGGCUCACCGUACAGGCACCCUACAGGUCCGACACCCCGGGCCACGAUGCCGGCCCUGGAGGAGGUGGUGAAGAUGAAGAAGAGGAGGAGGAGGAGGUGGAGAUGGAGAGGAAGACCAGGAGCAGCAGCGGAGGAGAGUGGAGUCCUGAAGUCGAGGAGCAUGAUGAUCAAGAACCGGAGCUGGAAGUUGGACCGCCUUUGGGAGUUCGGAUCCACGCUCCCAUACGCGAUCCAGAUUGCGUUUCCGAGGAGGAGGAGCAGCAGCCAUACCCGGCCCUGGCCCCGGUGGCCUUCUUCUGCUUAAAGCAAACGACAAGACCUCGCAACUGGUGUCUACGCGUCGUCUGUAACCCAUGGUUCGAGCACAUAUCCAUGCUGGUGAUCCUGCUGAACUGCGUCACUCUGGGGAUGUUCCAGCCCUGUGAGGACGUCAGCUGCCAGUCGGAGUGGUGCCGCAUCCUACAGGUUUUGGACGACUGCAUCUUUGCUUUCUUCGCUGUGGAGAUGGUCAUCAAGAUGGUGGCUUUGGGUAUUUUUGGUCCCAACUGUUACCUUGGAGACAAGUGGAACCAGCUUGACUUUGUCAUCGUCAUGGCAGGGGUGAUGGAGUAUUCUCUGGACGGCCAUAAUGCCAGUCUGUCAGCCAUCCGCACAGUCAGAGUCCUCAGGCCGCUGCGAGCCAUCAACAGAGUGCCAAGUAUGCGAAUCUUGGUGACACUGCUGUUGGACACCCUGCCCAUGCUGGGAAACGUCCUCCUCCUCUGCUUCUUCGUCUUCUUCAUCUUCGGCAUCGUUGGAGUCCAGCUGUGGGCAGGUCUACUGCGCAACCGCUGUUUCCUCGGAGAGGAUGUGAAAGGAUUGUACAACUUUACCAUGGAUCCUUACUACAUGUCCGAGGAGGGCGAAGACAGCCCUUUUAUCUGCUCUGGUCCAAGAGAAAACGGGAUGCUACGCUGCAAACAUGUUCCAGCCUACACCGAGGGUGGGGAAGAAUGCUCAUUGGCCCCUUCCUACCAAAGUUUUGCUCUGAUUGGAUCAGCCCCAGGAAUGGGCGGGGCUAGUAUUAAUGGCUGCAUAAACUGGAACAUGUACUAUAAUGUGUGCCGUCCUGGGGAGCACAACCCUCACAAGGGAGCUGUCAACUUUGACAAUAUCGGCUACGCCUGGAUAGCCAUAUUCCAGGUCAUCACACUGGAAGGAUGGGUUGAUAUCAUGUACUAUGUCAUGGAUGCUCACUCCUUCUACAAUUUUAUAUAUUUUAUACUGCUCAUUAUUGUGGGCUCUUUCUUCAUGAUCAACUUGUGCCUCGUGGUCAUCGCCACCCAGUUCUCGGAGACUAAGCAGAGGGAGAAUGCUCUGAUGAGGGAGCAGCGUGCUCGCUACAUGUCCAAUGACUCCACCCUCGCCAGCUACAGUGAGCCAGGCUCGUGCUAUGAGGAGAUGCUACGCUACAUCAGUCACCUUUAUCGCAAGUUUACAAGACGGCUACAGAGGAUAUACUCUGGAUGGCACAGUAAAAGGCGUAAAAAAGUGAACCCAAAUGGUAGCGGUGGAGGAAGCAGCGGCGGGGGUAAUGGGCAUGGACACGGCUCCAGCAGGGGCUGCGGAGGCUCAGGCCCGGGUAACGCUUUGUGGUUGAGACCGAUCCACAACCUUCUGCAGCACCAUCAGCACCAGCACUGUCGCCUUAGCAAUGGGGGGCAGCACAGCAUCACCAUUGAGACAACAGAGCACAGCGAGGGAGGAGAGGAGGAGCUGGAGAUGAAGUCGCUUCCUGUCCGGAGAGGCAGCACAAACGGAAACGGCAGUGGCGUUGUUGGCAGUCACCCGACGGUUGUCACCCACCGCAUGGGGUCAUUGCUGGGGCGGAUAAAUGGGGGGAUGAACUAUCCGACCAUCCUGCCCUCGUUUGUGUGCAGCUACAGCAGCAAGACUCCACCGCCUCACUCUCAGCAGUGCGGCCAGUGUCCGGAGCACCCAUUGAACCACCCGACGUCUGAACACGCAGAGACACUGAACAAGCUUUAUCAGCUUAUGGGGCAGCACAGGCGCCAGAGGCUGCUGUACCAGCUGGCAGGCGUGGUGCCCAGCCCUCUUCUCCUGGAGCUGCUGAGCUGCCCUCUGUGUGCUCGCAGCCUGGAGACGUUGGAGCUGGAACUGGGAGACCUGGAGGGUGGCAGGGGAGAGGCUGACGGACUGCACGACUUCCCCCAGGGUGGGGAUCUGAGAGCCGGGCGAGGCCGACAUAGACGGCGGGGGGUCUUCGAGUACAAAUACGGAGCUGUUCGGGCAUUCGUGGGGUUCAGGGAAAAACUCAAGAGGAUUGUGGAGAGUAAAUACUUCAAUCGAGGGAUCAUGAUCGCCAUUCUGGUCAAUACUCUCAGCAUGGGGAUCGAGUACCACGAGCAGCCCGAGGAGUUAACAGAUGUGUUGGAGAUUAGUAACAUCGUCUUCACCAGCAUGUUUGUGUUGGAGAUGGGCUUCAUGCUGCUCGCUUUUGGCUUGUUUGGAUACAUCAGGAACCCGUACAACAUAUUUGACAGCAUCAUUGUAAUAAUAAGUGUGUGGGAGAUAAUAGGUCAAGCAGACGGUGGGUUGUCGGUCCUGCGAACGUUUCGUCUGCUGCGGGUUCUGAAGCUGGUUCGCUUCCUGCCCGCCCUGAGGAGACAGCUGGUGGUGUUAAUGAAGACCAUGGACAAUGUUGCCACGUUCUGCAUGCUGCUGAUGCUUUUCAUCUUCACCUUCAGUAUUCUGGGGAUGCAUCUGUUCGGCUGUAAAUUUGGUCUUCGGCAAGAAAACGGUGACACCAUCCCUGACCGCAAGAACUUUGACACCCUGCUCUGGGCCAUCGUCACUGUGUUCCAGAUUCUGACCCAGGAGGACUGGAACGUGGUGUUGUAUAACGGCAUGGCCUCCACCUCUCCAUGGGCCGCUCUUUACUUCGUCGCUCUCAUGACAUUUGGAAAUUACGUGCUCUUCAAUUUGCUUGUGGCCAUCUUGGUUGAAGGCUUCCAGGCCGAGGGUGAUGCUAAUCGAUCAGAGUCAGACGACGAGAAGAAAUCCGACAACUUUGAGGAGGACGAGAAGGUGGAACAGCUCAGAGACACUGAGCUCAAAAUGUACUCUCUAAUGAUGACAGCUAACGGUCAUGUCGACCCACGUGGCACAAUGGCUCCUCCCAUAAUAAUGCGUACAGCAGCUACGCCCAUGCCCACUCCUAAAGGCUCCUUAGGACCCGAUUCCAUCCUUGGAGAUGACCUUAUGGGGGUGCCUCAGUAUAGUGAGAUGGGACUGGGCCUCUCAGAGGCCGGACUUGGUCGUGCAGAGUCUCGCCGGGGAAGCUCCACGUCUAUUGACCCCUCUUUAGCCUUUGACCAGCAUUCUCUCAGCCUCUCAAGUCCUGGCCGUCGCUCCCCUCUUCCUCCUCGCUCUUGGGGAAGCAGACGCUCAAGUUGGAACAGUCUGGGGAGGGCGCCGAGCCUCAAAAGGAGAGACACCAGCGGAGAGAGGGAGAGUCUGUUGUCAGGAGAGGGGGGAGAGGAGGAUGACAGUGGGGAAGAUAAGGGGGAGGCCGGCGGAGUGAUCAACAGACUACAGCCGGAGCAUUUGGAGCUGCUGCAGGCAUCCACUCUCUGCCCCUCGAUAAUGACAGAAUAUGGCGACUGUAAUGGGAGGACCCUGAACUAUGACCCCAACAUGAGCACGGAGUCAAAGGAAGACUCCUCGCCUGAGGAUGACUUAGAUGAUGACAGUUCUUUGUGUUACUGGAUCAAAAAGGAGCUCCGUAACAUGAAGCCUCGCUGGUGCAAAGAGCAUGAAGAUUGGACAUUGUACCUGUUCUCUCCAGAGAGCCGAUUGCGGGUGUGGUGCCAAAGUGUGAUCUCUCACAGAUUGUUCGACCAUGUGGUUCUGGUUUUCAUCUUCCUCAACUGCAUCACCAUCGCUCUGGAGAGACCCGAUAUACUGUCCAACAGCCCGGAGCGAGUAUUUCUGACUGUGUCCAACUACGUUUUCACUGUGAUUUUCCUGGCAGAGAUGGCCAUCAAGGUUGUAGCUCUUGGUUUUUGCUUUGGGAAGCAGACUUACCUCCAGUCCAGCUGGAACGUACUCGACGGUUUGUUGGUCUUCGUGUCUCUGAUUGACAUUCUGGUUUCUCUGGCGUAUUCCGGUGGAAACAGAAUCCUGGGGAUCCUCCGAGUCCUCCGCCUGCUGCGAACACUACGCCCACUAAGGGUGAUCAGUCGAGCCCCUGGACUGAAGUUGGUUGUGGAGACUCUCAUCACCUCUCUGAGACCCAUCGGGAACAUCGUCCUGAUCUGCUGCGCCUUCUUUAUUGUCUUUGGCAUCUUAGGGGUUCAGCUGUUCAAAGGGAAGUUUUACCACUGUGAAGGUCUGGACACAAAGAACAUUACCAACAAGUCAGAUUGUCUGCAGGCCAACUACCGCUGGAUACGGAGGAAAUACAACUUUGACAACCUGAUCCAGGCUCUGAUGUCUUUGUUCGUGCUGUCCUGCAAGGACGGCUGGGUCAAUAUCAUGUAUGACGGUCUGGAUGCUGUAGGAGUCGACCAACAGCCCGUGAGGAACCACAACCCCUGGAUGCUGCUCUACUUCAUCUCCUUCCUGCUCAUCGUCAGCUUCUUCGUCCUCAACAUGUUCGUCGGCGUCGUGGUGGAGAACUUCCACAAGUGCCGGCAGGACCAGGAAGAGGAAGAGGCCCGCUUACGGGAGGAGAAGAGGCAGAAAAUGAUAGAGAAAAAGCGCAGGAAGGCCAAGCAGAGGCCUUACUACGCUGACUACUCCCCACUCCGUCUGACCAUCCACACACUGUGCACCAGCCACUACCUGGACCUCUUCAUCACCUUUAUCAUCUGCAUCAACGUCUUCACCAUGAGUAUUGAGCACUACAAUCAGCCCAAGUAUUUAGAGGAAGUCCUGAAGUACUGUAACUACGUCUUCACCUGCAUCUUUGUUGUUGAGGCUCUUCUCAAACUCGCAGCGUUUGGCAUUCACAGAUUCUUUAAAGACAGGUGGAAUCAGCUGGAUAUUGCUAUUGUGGCGUUGUCCAUCAUGGGUAUCACUCUGGAGGAGCUCAAAAUGAGUGCAGCCCUGCCCAUAAAUCCAACCAUCAUCAGGAUUAUGAGAGUUCUCAGAAUAGCCCGAGUGCUCAAACUCCUGAAGAUGGCUACUGGGAUGAGAUCUCUGCUGGACACUGUCAUGCAAGCGCUGCCACAGGUUGGGAAUCUUGGCCUUCUCUUCAUGCUGCUCUUCUUCAUCUAUGCUGCGCUGGGAGUGGAGCUCUUUGGCAAACUGGUCUGCAAUGACAACAACCCAUGUGAGGGUCUGAGUCGUCACGCAACCUUCGAGAAUUUUGGGAUGGCCUUCCUUACACUGUUUCGAGUGUCGACAGGAGACAACUGGAAUGGGAUUAUGAAGGACACAUUGAGGGAGUGUCAUCCAGACGACCGCCACUGUCUCACCUACCUGCCCCUGGUGUCUCCCAUUUACUUUGUCACCUUUGUGCUCAUGGCCCAGUUUGUGCUGGUCAAUGUGGUGGUGGCUGUUUUGAUGAAACAUCUGGAGGAGAGCAACAAGGAGGCUAAAGAGGAUGCAGAAAUGGAUGCAGAGAUUGCCUUGGAGAUGGCCAUGGAGGGACAGCGUAGAUUAAGCACAACCUCCAAUAACAGCUCAGCAGAAGGGACCUAUGUAGGGCCAUGUCCAAACUCACCUGGGGAGGAGGAAGAGGUGCAGUUCAGAGACCAGGACCUGCUGUCACCAAGGAAGAUGUCAGUAUCCAGGAUGCACUCUCUGCCUAACGACAGCUACAUGUUCCGACCUGUGCGGCCUGCCAGCGCCCCCUACCCAUUGGAGGAGAUAGAGCUUAGCCCCCAGCACCAGCAUUCAGGUUCAGUGACUUCCAUCCACUCCCAGCCAUGUGAGAGUCGAGCACUGCUGCAAGUACCAGACGUCUCCCCGGUUCAUCCUCAUUCAAAGCCCACCCUCAGCCUACCCCGCAUUGCCCCGCCCACCCCAAGCCCUUCUCCAAAGGCCUUGUGCAGACAGGUGGCGGUCAAAGUGGAUUCUGUGGAGUCUCAGAGUUGUGAGCAACAGGAGAGGCCAAACCCCAUCCACUUACCUCCCCCAUCCCCUUCGCCCCUUUCUCCUCAUCCCUCUCCAUCUCCCCUCCCACCUCCUCCUCCCUCCUCUCCCUCAGCCCAUUCUCUCCCAUCCUGUUCCCCUUCUCCUUUCCCCAUCCCUCCUCCCUCACCUCUGCCUCCUCCACCAUCUUCUCCCUCACUUCUUCUCCCACCACCUCCCUCCCCCCGCCUCCCUCUGCGCCCUCCAAGCCUCAGAAGACCAAGACCACCCUCCGCGGCCUCCUUCUGCGACCCAGCGGAUGAGGAGGUGUAUCACAUCACAAGCUCAGCCCGCCACAGGUGGAGAGAAGAAGGAGGGGCGGAGCAGGAGAGCAGAGGAAAGACCGGCCGCAGCCACUCCCUCUCUCCUUACACCACAACUUACUCGCCCGAUUCCCGCUCUACCUCCUCCCCUCCUCUUCCCCCAUUACCACCUUCCUCGUCCAGGAGCGCGCUCAGUCUGCUUGGGGUAGGCUUGAAGGACAAAGAUGUUAGGAAGGGUUCCAGCAUCGAUAACCAGGCCUUCCAGGACAAGCCGUCAUCACUGUCUGCUGGUUUCCCUGAUGACCAGAGGCGCCACUCUAUAGAGGUCUGCCUCCCACGGGUUCUCAUCCCCGGUGACGACCAGAACUUUACACAUUGGCCAGAAAAAGGAGGUCAGGCUUUUCCUGUGAGGGUGCAGUCAGUCGGGGGUGGCCACAGAAAGAAGAAGAUGAGUCCUCCGUGUAUCUCCAUCCACCCGCCAUCAGAGAGGGAGCACCCACACGCCGCCUCACCCCCAAAAUUGGCGGACUGCAGCAUGAUGCUGAGACGCAGGACGCCAUCAUAUGACCUAACCCCACACGUACAAUCAAACGCGCCCUCACAAGACGUCUCGCCAGUGCACUCCCCAAUGCACACGCCGCUAACACCAAUCCAUGUGCCGCUGCAAACACACUCCCCAACCCACACUCUGACACCCUCCACUCCCACUCAUGCAUCCACCCCCCCACACCCACAUAUCCCCAUCAGUCCCAACAUCUUCAUCCAGCCUCACGCACCGCUCUUACCAAACACUAUGCCUUUCCCUCAGACGCGCACCCUCUCCCCUGCUGCGAGGCGUUCCCCUCUCACAGGCGAAUUCAUCCCCGUUCCACAGUUCACCUUCGACCAACCACAGUCCAGAUACAUGAGCGGCCUGUCACCUGGCCUAUCAGACACAGAGACAGCCACUUGCUCUUCCCCUUUCGACAGCAGACUGGGGAGUGGUGCAGGAUUCAACGCAAAGAAUCGGAGGACCGCGCAGUGAACGUCCAGAAAUGCCUUCAGGAGAAUGACUCAGUCCGAAAUCUCUGAAAUUUGAGUGGAGGGGCCUUGGCUGACCUCAGCAGAGAACCGGUGGAAAAUAAAACGGAAAAAGAAGUUUUUCUUGGAGAGGGAUUUUUGUUUUUUUUACAAGAAUACUGAAAAGACGUUCAUAUUUUUUUCCAGAGACGCUGGUACAGUCCCUCCUAAAAAAGAAAAAAAAAAAAAGACAAUGGAUCUGGUUUACCAAACCCAGCGUGAAGGAUCCACAGAGGCUGUACCCACCAUACAUGGUGUGUUCGAGACUUACACUAAAUACACACCAGGACUUAAGCCACCUAACUCCGUAGCCAAAGUUUUUUUGACACACUGUCCCCACCCGCGCAAGCCAAUCAGGAAGCAGCGUCUGGCUGAUAACCGCUUACCUUUUACUGGAAGUGGUUUGUGAAAUGCGAGCGCGGGGGGGAAUUGUGGGAUAUGCAACUUCAGGUUUUCUACAGAAGUUCUGCUUGCCCCCUCCUCUGCUCCUCGAUCACAUUGAUCCGAGCAGUAGUGUGCGCGUGUGAAUGAGUGCGUCUGUUUUGUUUUUUUUUCCUAUGUGCGAGUAUCGUCCAAAUCUGUUAUCAUGGAAGUCGGCCAUGUUAUUCUUACGCCUGUGACGAUAGAGAGGGGAGCAGGGCAGAGCUGUAGUGUAUGUUUAUCUGUGUAUCUGUGCAGUGUAAAUAAAGGAAAAUACUGUAUUUGGUGAGAUUAAAAAUAGCUCUAUCCAUAUGCACAUAUUUUUAUAGAGAUUUAAAAUGUUUUUGCACACAAAUUUGAAUUUCAAGUUGCUUGUUUUUCCUCUGUUGUCCUCUUGUGAAUGUAUGUUUCUUUUCAGAACAUUGAUGGUGUUGAAGGAGAUAAACCCUCCUCUCAACAGAUGAGAUGAUAUUUGAGAAUGGGAUUAUUAUUUUUCUAUUUUGAAAAAGAGAAGGACGAGAACAGGGGUGUAAUGUAUUUGUGUAGCUUCGUCUCAGAAUUUUAUGUAUUUGUUGUCUAAAAAACAGGCUUUAGAGGGGAGCUCAGUGAUGUUAACCAAUUUAAAUUGAAGAUAUUUUCCACACUUUUAACUGUUAUUUUUAAACUGCUGGCUUGAGUGAUGUCUUUUAACAAAUUUCAAUCUCAAUCUGGCAAAUACAGCAGAAGAACCUGAACAUGUUUUGGCUUUGUAUAAAAGGUUAAUUUGCGAAAUAUAUACACUGUAGAAAAAGAUUUAAUCCGUCUCUAUUUGUCUUGAAACUCUAAGACGAUCUGUGACUAAUGGCUGUAUAAUAAGCCAGCUGGCUAAGUAGCCAGCCAGAUAAUUAGCUAACUAGCCAUCUAACAAAAAAACAAAGAUAGCCAGCUUCCUGGAUAGCAAACUUGUGUUCUUUGAAAAUCUUUGUCUAUUGCCCAAGAUGAAUUGUAAGAUCUUGAAAACACUGGAUCGUUUGCGAGCUGUGUAACUAGCCAUUUUAAUGAAUUUAACUAGCUAUCCAUUUUACUAGAUAACAAACAUAUUUUCCUCAGAAUAAUAAUGAGUUAAAAACUUACAAGCUGGCCCGCUAGGUAGCUAGCGAACUUGCAAAAUAUAUCUGUAUUCAGAUAGAUUUUAAAAUAAAAUGUUGCAUCCAAGAUAAUAAGCUAUCUAGCUAACCAAGACAGCUAGCUAGCUGGUAUAGCAAGGCAACAGAUUACCUCCCAUUAAUGUAUUUGCCCAGACAAAUUGUUAGAUAACAGCUUACAACUAAGACGACUAGCUAGUCAAGUGACCACAAUAGCUAGUAAGCCAUCUAGCUAGCCAGCCAGUAUCAGUGCUGUAUAGAUAGAUACCCAGCUAAAUGAGAUAGCUGGCUUGCCACCAUAGUUUGCCAACAAAAGACCAACAGAGUUUCAGUGGACAUAUUUAUGGGGCCAUUUCCAGUUUUUCCACAAAAUUCACUAAAUAUUGUCAUGACAUACCAAAUGGGAACACUUAAAGUUGCAUGUAUUUUGACAAAAGUUUUGCAAGAGAACCAACCUUGCAAUUUUAUUCUGAGACUGUACUGUGUUGACAGUUCAUCAGUAAUAAAAAUACUAGACCUAAAGAGCCAAUAAUCAAAUAGAAUUAUUAACAAAUCUGCUACAUAACUGUUCAUCAGUAACUCUUCUUCUCUUCCCCUUCUUGUGCCAGAUCACAAAACUUCUGUAUUUUUACACCAAAACAUUCUGGAUCCAGGAGUUCUAUUUUUAUUUUUAUCAAAAUAUCUUCUGUUAGCUGCCAUGGCACUACAUCUAGUUAUUGCUACUGAAAAUGAAACAUUUCCUGCUGUUGCAUGUUUUUUUUUUUACUGAAAAUGUAACUGGCAAAAUGCAAGUUGACUUUUAUUUUGAAGGAACAUUGCUUACAGGAAAUGUCUGAGUUUAGCGUUAGCUCAAAGCUGCUAAUCCAGAAGCAUCCAGCUACAGACAAAACAAUAAACAUCUUAUACGUCUGGUCAUGCUAAUCUAACUAGCCUAGAAAUCUGGCGUGCCAGCUUACAAGCUAGCCAACUAUUGUCCUUCAAUGUCUAUUAUUUGUUCUCAAAAACUGUAAAAUAACAAUUGCAACCAAGUAAUUGAGCUUACCACUCAACCAAGAUAUCUAAAUAGUCAACUAGUUAGCUAUCAAGACUAUGAUAGCCAGCUAAGACGACAGCAAACUAACAAGCUAGCUAGCUUGCUUGGCUGCUAACUUGGGAAGAAUAUGAAAUAAGAGUGAUAAAAAAAGACAGAACUUAAAAAGCCAUCACUGAGCCCUCCUUCAGCUGUUUUCAAGCUCUGAUACCACUUUGUGUUCUGUACAUCUGAAGACAACCAAACUAACUAACUUACUAAAUAUGUGUAGCCAGAGUGCAAUAAUAAUAUAUACUUGUGAAAACUAUAGUUACAUCCACGCUACAUAAAACAACCACAUUCUUGUGUUCGUACAUACUGUAGAACUAUAAUAUAUAUAAACCCAUUUUUAUACGAUGAUGAGAGUAUUUCUAUCUCUAGUGUUCAUGCUACUUUAGCUAACUGCCCCCUGAGUGUGGCAUGGGUGUGGAUAGAAGCAGUGCUAGGUAGUGUAGAUUUUUCUUAAAGCUCAGGCGUUUCUAUCAAGUAGAGGGAUCUGCGUUUCUGCCGAGGACUCAUUUUUCAAUUUUAUUUUCAGUCAACUUUCAUCGAAUUAGCAUGAGAUUCCACUGUGUAUUUGUUAGCUUCAGCUAUCGUUAGCUUGAAUACCUUUUCAUGUAACCUCUUGAGGUGUGAACGACAAAGAAUUACGAGGAUUAUCCUUCCAAUGGAUGAAUGUUUUCAAACCAAGCCAUACCUUUACUCCAACACAGCACAAUACGUGUUUAUUUUAUGUUAUACAUAAACUGGUUUGGCACAGGUACGCAAAGCAUUUUUUACAUAUUGUAGAGGCAGCUGACUGGGACGGCGUCUUUAUAUUUCCUGAUGAAGUGUAACAGAAGGAAGACCAUAGUGUUAUCAAACAGUAAUAAUCUUUGGUAUUUUAGAAGUGAAUCUUCUUAGUAGGAGUUGAACUUGCAUUAGCAAGGUGAUAAACUCCUGUGAAGAUUGCUAAAAAAAAAACUUAAACAGUGUUAAUCUGGUUGAAAGUCUUAAAUAUUAUCACAAAUUCUCCCCAAGGAUGUUUCAUAGGGCAUAAAUAGAAGAAAAUAUGUGAUUUUUCAAAGUUUUGGACAUGAAAUUAGGCAAAAAUGGACAAAUAGUUGUUUAGAAUUGGCUGUAAUAAUGUACCUAUUUUUAACACAAAGUCAGUGAUGAAAAGGAGAUCCAGAUCAUCAUUUCGUCACCUCCAUUCAAUGUUUCUGAGGCAGUAUGCAUACAGGGGGCUUAAUCUGUGAGAUAAAAUGUCAGAAUAAGUUAGAACUUAAUUGUACGUUUGCAUCACUUUGCCUGUGAUCGGUUGUCAAAGUCUCGGACCAUGAGCGUUUGAAAAUGCUGCUGACGGUGAACGCAGCCCGUUCAUCUCUUUUGAUAGUCCUCCUCUUCCAGUUCUGGCACACAGAAGCACAGCUGAUGUUGGAUUCUGAGACGUUGUCCUCCCUCCUGUUAGUGGCACAGUCACUGGUGCCAUUCGUGCUUGUCAUUGUGCAAAUUCCUCGUCCUGUUUCAUCUCCUCUUCCUGCACAGGUUGUCAGUGACAGGAGGUUUUAAGUUGUCUUCAGACAGCCUCUUUCUGCCUCACUCUUAAGCCAAGGUCAGACUACACAAUCAUUCUUUUAUGACGGUCACUGCGCCGGAUAGACGAUUGCAGAGCCAUAGAUUAGUGCUAUGGCUUGCCUAACAGACAUGAUGGACUUCACGGUGGUUUCCAACCAAUCAUCGCGACUUACGAAGAAGGGCUGGGCUAGACAGUACCCAGAAAGAAAACUAAACCAACAUGUACUCGCUGUUCUUUGUCAAUCCAAACUUUGCAAAGGAUGAUCCAAUAGCAUCAUGCUGAUGCUAACAGCAGUUUGCUCAUCGGGUUGCUGAGGUUUAUCCCUAACAGGACAUCAUACUUCCAUCUUGCAGCACCAAAGUCACCACCCUUCUUGGAUUUAUUUGCCAACAGGUCUAUCGCCAAGCCCUGCCCUCUGAGAUCACUUAGACAAACAAUAAACAAGCUGCCCAAAAUAAUGGUUUUAGUCGGGUGGGCUUUGACUGCAGUCACUGUUUCCCAAUAGACUAAGAACCAAAGAACAAUGCUAAAAAGAAGAUAUGACGAGCUAACAUUAUGAAGCUAAACUUAGCCAUAGCUUUAGUGGUAAUUAGCUAACUUACAGUAAUGGUACAUUGCAAGGUGAUGUUCUACGUUGUUGUAUGAGAGUAUAUAUAAUUGUUGCUAACACCUUUGAUAUGCCCAGGCGAAUCAUUUCCCAUCCAAUUAAUCUUAAAUUAUCACUGUAUUUAGUCAACUAGCCUAAAAUUAAGCAAGCACUCCGUAAACGGUAAAAAUUUUGCACUGCUUAUUUAAAACACAACUUGGUUAACAGUGUUAAGUUGGUUUACAGAAUGUAGCUACUGUUAGCAGUGCUAGCACAAGCCAAUCUUAGGUCUCCUUUGCAGGCUAAUGUCGAUCUUCAUGGUCGGUGGCAGGCAGCUGCAUUACAGUUCAUACUGAGUAUCUGACCAGGACUGAAGUGGUAAAAAUAUAAAGUAUUUCUUGAACCAACUUGUAAUCCUGGUACAGAAUAACAAAGGAUUUAAAUCUAACCAUUUGAUCGGCUAUUCCCGCGCAUCCCAAGCUGAUACUAUAAACUUUACAUAAGAUAGUUUGUCAUUAAAACUUGAAAAAUUAAAAUUUACAAAUGAGUAAGUGAAGGGUACAAGUAAUACACAAAUAUCUUCCCUUAGUUCUAUCACAUAGUUUACAAAUAGAGAUGCAAAUAGAGAUGCAUUAAAUCUACACAUACUACUUCAACACGUAUGCCACUGAAGAUUUGCCAACUUCAGUGACAAAAAAUGAGAAUAACUGAGAGGUGUACACUGAACCAGGAAGUCCUCCUCCAUCAUGUUCAGUGUACCCUCCCUUGUGUAUUGCGGAUACUACCCACAGGUGGGACUUCUCUAACUGAGUUAGUAACUUCACCCAUGGUGCAAAAGUGUCUAAUGUCCAAGGCUUUCUGGAAAAACUCUGCAGAUUAAGCAAUGAUGGACAAGUAAUUUGAGUAGAAUUAUAAAAACAAAAAAAAUAAGUGAUUGAGUGCUGUUUACUCCAAGUUAAUAGUGUGUUCUAUUAAGUAGGAAGAACUGAGUUGAAUUAGCUUUUUUUUAAUUUUUAGGUUAAUGCAACCCAUUUUUUUGACAACCUUAAACUGUUCAGUCCUUCUAUAAAAGAUUUAAAGGUACGUUUGAUCCGUAGAGUUCAAUACAUCUGUUUUAUAAUGUUUGAGUUGGUCUCCUCAGUCAGGACUUCUCUAACUGAGCUUUAACUUCACUCAUGGCACAAAAGUCAUUUCGGCAAAACUCUGCAGACUGAGCGAUGAUGGUUAAAUCAACUGAGUAGAAGAACUUUUUAAAAACUUGUAUUAAUUGAGUAUUUUUUACCUAACUAAAAUGUCUUCUAUUAACUCAGAAAAUAGAGCUGAAAUAGCUGUUUUAAAGUUAACACAACUUUAAACUGUUCGGUGCUAUAGUGCAGGAUAUUGCGUCAGUGUUGUAUUUAGCCCAUGCACAUUGUUUGAAUAUUUAUAGGCUACAUGCAUUUAAAUAAAAACCACAGAAAAAUCAACAUCUCUACUUUUGCUUUUUCUGUGUAGUUCUAAGAUGUCUGAGGGUAUAAUGAAGCUGCAAGAAAUGUAAUUUGCGAUCACGUCGGAGGGCUGGGCUGAGCAAUAAAUCAGUUGUGACCUGCCAGCGUACUGCAGUUGUAAAAUAGCUUUAAGCUAACUCUGAUACAGUGUAACACAUGUCAUCAUUUAUGUUAAAUAUUUCACGGUUCCUUUACAUUUAAAAUUCCUCUUGUGACUUUUGCAUGUGCAGUAGUCACAAAAGGAGCUUUCAUCAGUCAACAUCACUGAUAUAAUGACUGUCAAGGGAUCAUAAGGCGUCCCAGACAUGACCUUGAUUGUUGUUCAUCACAACUUCUUGAUCAGUCAGUAAUUGUGCUUAAACGUGUAGUCUGACCUUGGCUUUACUCGACUCCGUGCAGACCGCCCUGAUCUACAGCAUAAUGCCAUAUUACUCCACACAGUUUGGUAGAGUGACUGCAUAAUUGUUCUUACAGAUCUUUGGAUCUCAGUAUUUAAAUCCUGUUUUUGAGGAAAAACAGUUUUGACUAUUGCAUGUUCUGAUUUAAGAAAAAAAAACUUUUGGGAAAGACUCAUCUGGAUGUUUUAGAGAUUUUGAUAUUUGCAUUUUCAGAUGUUUCCAUUUGUAGACUGACUACCUAAUUGCACUGGGCUCUGAUUAAUUGGUAUCUGAUACAUACUGAUUAAAGACCCUUUUCUUUAUUGUCCAAUGCAAUAUUGGGUGGUUAUUUGCUGUAUGAGGACAGUGCUCCUCUUUAUACAGUUUUAUAGAGAGAAAUGGAAACUGAAGUUGGUUCUAUUUUGUUCAGAACCGACGUUAUUUAAUGUUGAGGUGAACCUUUUUUCACUUUUACUCCUGGUACUCUAAACAUAUAGAACUCUGGUGAUGGUGAAACUAAUUAACUGAUGUAUAUUUUACGUAGGAGUAGCCUCAGCCCUGAUGCUCUGUAACUGACAGAUAGGGCUAGUAAUAACAAGUUGUGUUUUUCUGGUUUGACAUGCAGACUCCCGAGGGUUCAAACUGUGACAGAACAUGACUUUUAUGAAUCAGAAGCCUUGUGUUUUCUUUCUUUUUCUUUCUUUUAUUUUUUUACAACCCUUCAGUGAUUGACCCGGGCACCCCCCGACCCCCAAACCCCCCCAGGCCUUACAAAGGAGGGGAGGAGGUGUGUUCUGUCUGUCAGGAGAGCCAACGUGUCUGCAAUAAUAAGCCCUCCAUUAGAAGGGAGGGGGACGGGGGAGGUGUUUAAAGGCUCGACACACACAGUCGGACUCUCUACAUUGUAUCGUUGCUGAUUAUUGUGUGAUGACCAACUGUUGUCCUGAAGGAUGUUUCCCUGUCAAUUAAAAAUACAAGAUUUUUUUAU